AUGUUGAAAAAGAAGGAAACUCUCACCAUCAUCACGCCUAUCCCGGGCUUCAUCCCGAGACAGCUCGCUAUCGAUCUUCUUCACUCUCACGGUGAAAUCAUCACCCUCAAUCCGCUAGUCCUAAGCCACAAACCCAUCCCCGCUCCUCGCAAUGCCGCCGCCGACGAGUACUACAGCACCUGGUACGAGAUCACAGAGCGCAUUCAGUAUCUGCCGGGCCUGGGAAAGAUAGGAUCUGGAAAGCUUACAUUCAAUGGCUGUUUCCAUGAUAUGCCAUGGGGCAUGCAGUCGCAUAUUUAUAUCCCCCUCGGUAUCGAUAUGAGGAACAAGUACCGCAUCAUGGGCAACCAGCCCGGUCUUGAACCUCCGGAGCAACCCGAGCUUGGUCUGGAGCAGCUUGGCGCACCAAAGGAAGGUCUCUAUCUGCGCACUGAUGUCGAUCUCAAAGCGAAUAUUACUCUGAUGGGGUUUGUCAAGGCCGAGUCGAGGAAGGCCAGUGUUGAUAUGGUCAACCGCAUGGUCAAAAAGGCAGAGCUUCUCGAUGCUGGUCUAUUAAAGGCCAUGUUCCAAGAUGGAAAGCUCAAGACGUACAACCCCAACGAUCGAUCUGAGAGUAGUCAAGCCCGACAGCAGGCCCUGCAGAAUCCCUCAACUGGUCUACCAGACGCUGCUCUCCAUCCCGGUCCAGGGCCCAUGAGCCCAGGUCCUUCGUACCAGCAGCCCUAUGGAUACCAACAGCAGAUGCAACCUCAGCGCUCACCAACAUAUCCGUAUGCAACUCCCGACAAUGCUGGAUCUCAAUACCCCCAAAGCCCUUAUGUUUAUCAAGCUCAAACACCACCACCAGGCAGUCAAUACCCGGGUCACACACCGCCGCCCGGCGCGCAGUACCAGCAACAGCAACCACCGCCCGUCCCCCCCAAGACCAACAUCCAGAGCUUCCCCAUGGAACUCCCCGGCGACUACUACCAUCCACAACAGUCCCCUGGCCUCCAACAGUCCCCUGGUCUUCAACCGAGCCCUGGUCAUCCACCCAGCAACUUCCGCAACUCGACAGGAUCCUACGACCCGAGAUGGUCGCAGUCAACCACUGAAUCGCACCGCAACAGUGCAUACUCGCAAUCCACAGGUGGCUAUCAAUCACCUGCGCCAGGACAUCAGAGUUUCGCAGCGGAGCUACCUUCUCAUAAUGAAACCAAGGAGGAGCAUAGACAUUAA